AUGAUUAACAGUUUUGACCGACGACCCUCAGGCCCCUCGGGAAUCAGUACGAUUAACAGUUUUGACCCACGACCCUCAGGCACCUCGGGAAUCAGUAUGAUUAACUGUUUUGACCGACGACUCUCAGGCCCCUCGGGAAUCAGUCUGAUUAACAGUUUUGACCCACGACCCUCAGGCCCCUCGGGAAUCAGUAUGAUUAACAGUUUUGACCCACGACCCUCAGGCCCCUCGGGAAUCAGUAUGAUUAACAGUUUUGACCCACGACCCUCAGGCCCCUCGGGAAUCAGUAUGAUUAACAGUUUUGACCGACGACCCUCAGGCCCCUCGGGAUUCAGUAUGAUUAACAGUUUUGACCCACGACCCUCAGGCCCCUCGGGAAUCAGUAUGAUUAACAGUUUUGACCCACGACCGUCAGGCCCCUCGGGAAUCAGUAUGAUUAACAGUUUUGACCCACGACCCUCAGGCCCCUCGGGAAUCAGUAUGAUUAACAGUUUUGACCCACGACCCUCAGGCCCCUCGGGAAUCAGUAUGAUUAACAGUUUUGACCCACGACCCUCAGGCCCCUCGGGAAUCAGUAUGAUUAACAGUUUUGACCCACGACUCUCAGGCCCCUCGGGAAUCAGUAUGAUUAACAGUUUUGACCCACGACCCUCAGGCCCCUCGGGAAUCAGUAUGAUUAACAGUUUUGACCCACGACUCUCAGGCCCCUCGGGAAUCAGUAUGAUUAACAGUUUUGACCCACGACCCUCAGGCCCCUCGGGAAUCAGUAUGAUUAACAGUUUUGACCGACGACCCUCAGGCCCCUCGGGAAUCAGUAUGAUUAACAGUUUUGGUUCAUCAUUCUGUAUGGAAAAUUUCAGUAAAUUUUGCUUUUUAUCUUAG